AUGGGAAAUUACCAUCUAGUUUGUAGUGCUACACUGCUACUUGCAAGUCUUAAGUAUCUGUCUCCAUAGUAACGUCAUCAACAACUUAGGUAACAUAACUAAAGUCUACUGUACCUAUGAAAGUUAGUCAGUGUGUUAGUGCUUAUUAAUGGCUUCUGAGGACCAAGGUUUGCAGAACAGAGCUCUGGUGACCAGCUCAGGGAAAAGGAAGGAGAAACUCCAUCACAGUGUAGUGGCAAGGCCAGUCCACCUCAGCCCUGCAGUAUCUACAGAUACCAAUGGAACAGUGGCAGUUCCCAAGUGGAUACACAGUCACACACAGAGGCCUGGACAAAAGGUCAAGGACCUCAUCGGCCCUGAGAGAGAGGCAGCACUGAAAGCUAUACAGACAGGUGUGUAUGUGGGCUGGAGAUGUCCAGACUUGACCUGGGAUUGUUUUAGAGUGGGUGACUCCUCCAUGUGCUUCUGUGGACAUCACCUGUAUGAGCAUGGGAAAUACACAGGCUCCAGUGUGCGUGUGCCCUGCUUGGUCCCGUCCUGUAGCUGCGGGGCCUUUGCCUUCAUGCCGUCCCGUCCAGAAGAGGUGGGGGAGCCGUGGGUUAGAGGGAGACCUGGGUUUGACUCCCAGGUCUGGAGGGCCCUCUGUCGGUGCAAACACCCCCACCAGCAACACUCUCCCAGGGCAGGACACUCCUGCAGGAUGGGAGAACCGUUUUGCAGUAGGAAGAUGGACGAGGGAAAGCCAGCGGAGGGAAAGGAAGAUCUCACUAAACUGCAGUAUUACUAUGAUGAGGGGGCAGGCAUCUGCUUUCCUUUCAUCUACAAAGGACUGGAAGGGAAUGAGAACCGCUUCAACACAGACAGGACGUGCAUGGAGGCCUGCUCUGCCAAGUUUGAUGAGCUCUACCCACCUGCAGGUGCAGUGUGUGACCUUCGAUUAGACCAUGGCAGUUGCUUUGCCAUGUUGUUGAUGUACUACUACAACGCAGCAGAGGGAACCUGCCGUAUCUUCCACUACGGGGGCUGUCAGGGCAAUGGCAACCGUUUCGAGACCAGAGAGCACUGUCAACAGACAUGCAUGGCCAAAGGAGCCAGGGGUGGUGCUGCUGCAGAGCCAGGAGCUAACCCAGAUGAGAGUUCCACUAAUGCAGGACUGAUCGUGGCUAUUUUAGGAGGAGUUGUGUUCACCGUGGCAGUGAUCUCUGCUAUUGUUCUCUUUGUUGUCCAAAGGAAAGGGACAUCAAGCAAAGAUGGGAGAGAGAAGGAACUAUCUAUUGAGAUGUCCUAGAGAUGUAUUACCCUCGACACCAUUUUCAAAUUUCUUUUUUGUUUAGGAUUUCAUUUACAUUUGUUAGGAAUUAAAAUGUUGUACUCCAUUUAGGUUGAAUAAAAAAGGAAAAUGUA